AUGGUUGGGAACACAGACUUGAAAUUAUUACGUCCACAUCGAUCUGAUACCAUUCCCAUUUCCGAAGCUAAAAACGAGGAACACCAUUCGUGGCACGAAGAGGAUGACGCUGCCGGCGAACCUGCACUUCUGGCGGAAAAAGUAAGCAAAGUUUGGGAAACUACUGGCGAACUCGCUGUGAACGAUUUCAGCAUGAGGGCUUACCGUGGACAGGUAACGGUACUUCUUGGACAUAAUGGUGCUGGCAAAAGUACUAUGUAUGCAAUGAUUUGUGGUACAGUUCCUGCUACAAAAGGUAAGUGUAUGAAACCCAUUUUGUCCAUGCAUCAGUUUUAAUU